AUGCCAGUGCCGGACGAGAAGGAGAGAGGAGGAAACCGGAAAUCCAUUGCCAUGACCCAUCAUAAUGGAGAGUCUGACACACAGUCGAAGUCGGAGCGGAAGAGCAGGAGCCAACACAGGCCAUGUUAUCGUCGGGGAUCCCCCGUGUGGAAUCUGGUCAAUACUUUGUUCACCAUACUCGUCCUCGGCCUGUAUUUGACCUCCCCGACCCAAGCAGCCUAUGUCGAGUUCCGGAAUUGUCUCGAUCGAAGCGUUAUCAGUUCGAAUCCCCGGCUCCUCCAGUUCGUUCCCCUCAAUGUCUCGGCCGUCUUCAAUACUUCGUCGCCUAGACACAAUUUCAACAUCACAGUCUAUGGCAAUGUCACUGGGAAAGCUACUGCUGAACCUUACCCUCCGCCGACUGAUCCGUCAUGGAGCAAUCCAAACGACACCUUUGGGAAGAUUCCUGACCUCAGCGAAACAAACAACAAAUAUACAACUCUUUUUACUCAGCUCAAUUUUCUGAGUUACACCCCAUGGACCGCCGAGCCUUCAAGAUUUUGUGAAUCCGUCGUUCACGGAAGCUGCCCGUUGGGUCCAGCAUUCUUCGUUAAUUCGACCGACCUCGAUCGACUGCCUGCAUUCUCUGUCGACCAUGAUAUGUUCUCGAGUUACGCCUUUUCCUCCCUGCAGGCUACUUUGAGAGUCCAAUCAGGGGAUGCCAGCGGUCAAUACUAUGGCUGCGUGAGUGCCACAAUCACGCCCGACUUAGGCGGUUAUCUCAAGGGCAUCCUGCGUUAUCUUCCUCUCGCCGUGUUGAUAGUAGUCGGCAUUGCCACGAUUGCGGCCGCCAUCCUAAGUCCGUGGGGUUCGGGCGACAUCUUCAACUGGAGUAGCAACUUUGGUCGCGACGAAGAUCUACUUCGACUCGUCACCCCGGGCUUCGGCGAUUGUUUGCAAUACAUUCAAUUCGUCGUCCUUACUGGCAGCCUUACGCUGAACUAUCCGGGAUUCUACCAACCGGCUGUGAGCCGUGUUUCCUGGUCUUCCCUUAUGUUCAACGAGAGUUUUGUAAGUGGAGGCAAUGGAACGGAGAGCUUGGUCGACGGAGUUUAUGAAAUACGAAACAACACCAAGUAUGGACUCGACAAGAUGAGUCAACUUGUGGGCAUGACGUCUGACCGAGAUAUCUGGGCCGACAUGAUUGUCUGGCUUGUCGUGAUCGUCGCGGCUGUCACCAUCCUGACCCAGCUAGGAUUUGCUGCUCGAUGGCUGUAUCGCCACAUUGCAAACGAGCCAGCAGAAGACCUCCGCUCCAAAAACGGGCCUUUCACGAUCGGGAAUGUCCUGCGGCUGGUGCUGAACUUUUUUCUCCUGCCCUUGACUGCUCUGUCUUUCUACCAACUAUUGAUCGCGGCGCGAGGGCCGGCAUACUCCGUGGCGCUGGCAGCGGUAUGCCUUAUUCUGGUGCUUGCCUUUUCCGGCCGUUUACUCCUGUUGUUCAUCCGUACAAGGCCACGCUCUUUCCUUUUUGACGAUCUCCUUACCGUCCUGGCAUACGGGCCGCUAUACAACACAUACUGCGACGACGCCGCCACUUUCGCCUUGAUUCCGCUUCUCGUCAACUUUCUUCGCGGCAUUGCCAUUGGUGCAGUCCAGCCAUCCGGCGUAGCGCAGAUAGUUUUGCUCGCCAUUUGCGAAGUCGUCCUCAUUUUGACGAUCAACGCCUUUCGACCGUAUCCCUCUGCUACGUCCAUGAACAUCUAUCACACUUGCUUCUCGGUCAUUCGCUUGUUCACCAUCCUUCUAUCGGUCGCGUUCGUACCGUCGCUUGGCACCUCGGACUCGUCAAGGGGUUGGAUCGGCUACGCCAUCCUCGUCAUCCACGCCUGCACGCUCGUUUUUGGAUUCUUCCUCAACGCCGUCCAAACUCUGAUAGAAGUCAUUGCUCGACUUGCCGGUGCAGGCGGACGAGAUCAAGUCACAGGCGGUGCCACAAGAGGAGGCCUGAACAAGGUAUUUGGUAUGAGGCAAUUGUCUCGGCGAGUGCCACGGCGUGAUCAUCAUCCACGUCACAGCAUGUCCUCGAACGCCGCCAUGCUAGCAAGCGUGGAUAACGAACCAAAACAACUACACCUGGCCAAGACCAGAUCCCGUAGUAUCUCCGUUACGUCCAAUGCGUUGCUGGACAGCGGAAGAUCUAGCAGAAUGAGUCAGACACUCGAUAGCCGCAUCCUGGACCAAGCAACCCCCGACCGGUCCAACAGAGGUUCGCGGAGGUUGACCGGCAGGCUUAGCGGAAGUGGCUCGCUGGGGGGAAUAGUCGGUCUCCAAAAGCAAGUGGAAUCAAAAGACCCCUACUAUCGGCCACCACGUCGGAAUACAAUGGAGCCGCUCUCUGGUGCCGAUGGCAACCUCGCCAUGUCCUUGACCAGCGGCAAGUCCAAGGGUCCUCUGCUCAAGGAAGAAACAGUGGAGGAUGAUGCAGGCGAAGGCUCCUCAACUCCCAUGCGGCUAGAUAACGAUGAAUUCGAGGACCCUGCAAAUGACCUGACGAGGACAAAGACAGACUACGCCGUGAGAGAAGUCGACUUUUACUAUGGUGUCCGAGGAGCUGCACUUUCGAGCGGGACGAGGAAGCUUAAGACCGGGCCAGCAGAUCCCACUGGACCAGUUUCCACAGCGAGGGGUUGGUUCAAAGGCAUUCUUGGAGGCAAGACAAAGGAGAAGAACAAAGGAUUCGAAGUCGUUAGAAGUGCUCGAGCUCCACCACCAGGUCUUUUCCCGCCAACCCCUGUGCCCGAAAACCAGACCCCGGAACCCUAUCAUGACGAUGAUGUGCACAAUAACCCGGAGGCUCGACCGAAUCGGACCGGCUCUAGAAUGGCAUCCCCUCCGCCAGAGAGAGCAAGAGUCGACGAGGUGUCAGACACAGAGUCCGAUGAAGACGAGGACUCAAUCAGCCCUGUUCCUUCCAAACCGCCGUCUUUGCCACUGAUAGAUUCAGGUGGUGCCAUUGAACUACCUAGUCGGAUCGGCUCUGAGGCUUCUCGGAAGUCUCACAAGAAGGCACCUCCCGGAGAGAUACCGGAGGUCCCUGCAGUCCCAGCCUUACCCCGAAAGAGUUCAAGAAGACAGUCGGGGGGAGAUCAAAGCGAUAGAGCGAGCGCAAGGGCGAAACUGUAUGGUGCAACCACUUCCAGCCCUCCCAGUCAUAAAGGACACUCGCAAAGUCUGAGCGCCGGCCGCAUUCCGUUCUCAAGCACGCAGACUUCGGUGGUGAGGGACAAGAGAUAUUCCACUGGCGCAGAUUCGACAACCUCGAGUAUAUUGCGAGAUGGAGGUGAGAACGUGUCCGCGGCUCCUCGCACCACAUACACAAACCACCUGCGCAAUACGUCGUCGGCCUUGGGUGCUGCGCAUGGAGCAAACAUUCUUAAUGACCGGCCGUCCAACGUGGGGUUUGUGCAACAGCACAGAGCCAGCGAUCAUAUAUAUUACAGUCCUGAAUCGCCAGCAUUCGAGGGCAGCACGGCAGAAGUUCACGGCCGACCAGGCCCAGCACUUUAG